CCCCACCUCCAGUUCCAACAACGCUCAAAAGCUCAAAGGAAACUCCCUGCCACCCCCCAAAACACACACUCACUCUGAUACACACACACACACAAACACACGCAUUCACACACGCACAUACACACGUUCAGCGACUGACCACCUCUCUCAAUUCGGCUCCAUAACCCCCUCCCCCUUCUGGCCUCUCCGAGUUUGGUUGACGUGACGACAGGAAGUUUAUCUGAGUCACCCAGUGACGGAGCAGAGAGAGGAGAGGAAAAGAGAGGAGAGGAGGAGCCUGUUAUAAUAGCUCAGUCCACACUGCACAGUCCAGAGGAAAAAAAGGGAGGAGGAGGAGGAGGAAAAGGGAAACGACUAGAGGGAGAGUGCAAACGAGAGGGAGGGAAGAAAGAGUGAGUGAGUGAGAGAGUGAGAAAGAGAGAGAGAGAGAGAGAGAGAGAGAGGGAGGGAAAGAGGGUGGCCCCUGGAAAAGCCGGCGUGUUUUGUAUUUCAGUGAAGUGCCAGGCUUGGCGUCACUAGCCCCGGGUUGGCUGCUGGUUUUGCUGUUGGUGGUUGGUAGUGGACGUGGAAAAGGGAACUUUUCCCUGGCCAGGAAAAAAAGAUCAGAAGAGGGGAAGAGAGAGAGAGAGAGAGGGAGAGAGAGAUUCCCAGCCGACCAACCAGCCAACCAAAGGGGGACAGAGACAGAGACAAACCCAGUGACGGAACGACCCGGAACAGAGGUCAGUGCUCUCAAAUUCUCCUUUUCAGAGGGGUCACGGACAAGAGGAACUGUUGCCAAGCUUCCUGACAGAAAGAAACUCCCAACAGGGACCAGGAUCAGCCAGCCAGACAGCCAGCCUGCCUGCCUGCCAGGGAGGGGAACGGAGACUCAAAAGCGGAUUUCUGGACAAACCAGGAAGAACAAAAAUACCGGGGAGGGAGCGCUAACUGUGCGUCCUGUUACUGGAUAACACGCGCACAGACAGACGCAUAACACUCUAAUCUUGCCCUUACCAAAAGACUACUCAUGUCUGGACUGGAAGAGGACAGCUUCUCUAAACACAAGACAGUGAAGAUCUGAAGAUCCCAGAAGGUGCUGAGAAGACACCAAAGAGAAGGAACGAAAAGCCUGAACAGCGGAGAGAGCGAGAGACAGACAGUGGACCGCUAGCCCGGUCGUAGCGGUUUAAAGCAACGGCGGCGUUCCACUGAAAAUCAUCACUCCGUGCAGGCGGCUGAUCCUGUGUGCUGAGAACAGGAAGGAGAUGGAGGACUGGAUGGCGGCCCUCAAGAGCGUCCAGAACAGGGAGCACUUUGAGACCACUCAGUACAGUAUGGACCACUUCUCCGGCAUGCACAACUGGUACGCCUGUUCCCACGCUAGGCCCACCUACUGCAACGUCUGCAAGGAAGCCCUGUCCGGAGUCACCUCACACGGACUCUCCUGCGAAGUGUGCAAGUUCAAAGCCCACAAGCGCUGUGCCGUGCGUGCCACCAACAACUGCAAGUGGACCACGCUGGCCUCCAUAGGCAAGGACAUCAUCGAGGACGAGGACGGGAUCUCCAUGCCUCACCAGUGGCUGGAGGGUAACCUGCCGGUCAGUGCGAAGUGCACCGUGUGCGAUAAGACGUGCGGCAGUGUGCUCAGGCUGCAGGACUGGCGCUGCCUCUGGUGCAAAGCCAUGGUACACACAACGUGCAAGGAGCAGCUGUCCUCCAAGUGUCCUCUCGGCCAGUGUAAAGUGUCCGUUAUCCCUCCUACUGCCCUCAACAGCAUCGACUCUGACGGCUUCUGGAAGGCCACGUGCCCGCCCUCGUGCACCAGCCCGCUGCUGGUGUUUGUCAACUCCAAGAGCGGGGACAACCAGGGCGUGAAGUUCCUACGGCGCUUCAAGCAGCUGCUCAACCCCGCGCAGGUCUUCGACCUCAUGAACGGGGGACCACACCUCGGGCUGCGACUGUUCCAGAAGUUUGACACCUUCCGUAUCCUGGUGUGUGGAGGGGAUGGCAGUGUGGGCUGGGUGCUAUCAGAGAUCGACAUGCUCACGCUCCACAAGCAGUGUUACAGAGACACAGAUGGGGGACGUUUUGGUCAUCAAUCACAGUCAUUAACACAAUGCCAACUGGGCGUGCUGCCCCUGGGCACGGGUAAUGACCUGGCGCGCGUGCUUGGCUGGGGCUCGGCCUGUGACGACGACACCCAGCUGCCACAGAUACUGGAGAAGCUGGAGCGCGCCAGCACCAAGAUGCUGGACAGGUGGAGCAUCAUGGUGUACGAGACCAAGUUCCCACGGCAACACUCCAGCUCCACGGUGACGGAGGACUGCAGCGAUGACUCAGAGGUGCAGCAGAUCCUGACCUAUGAGGACUCAGUGGCGGCUCACCUGUCCAAGAUACUGACCUCAGAUCAGCACUCCGUCGUCAUCUCCUCCGCCAAGGUUCUCUGCGAGACAGUCAAGGACUUUGUGGCCAGAGUGGGGAAGGCUUAUGAGAAGAACACAGAGAGCUCUGAGGAGUCAGAGGCCAUGGCUAAGAAGUGUGGCGUGCUGAAGGAGAAGCUGGACUCCCUGCUGAAGACCCUGAACGAGGAGGCGGAGGCGUCCUGCGUCAUGCCCGCCCCUCCCCCCACCAUCGCCGAGGAGCAGGAGGAGGGCGACGGAGGAGGAGGAGGGGUGCCGCCUGCCACCCCCACCUCCACACAGGGCCCCGGACCUCCCACCCCUCAGACACCUUCCCCCACCGGCGGUGCACCUUCAGCGGGCACCACUCCUACGGGCGCCCCCUGCUCUCCUCCUCCGCGGAGCGCCCCCUCCGCUGCGGCGGCCAUCUUUAAGCCUCGGGAGCAGCUGAUGCUGAGGGCCAACAGCCUGAAGAAGGCCAUCCGGCAGAUCAUAGAGCACACCGAGAAAGCGGUGGACGAGCAGAACGCUCAGACGCAGGAGGUGUUUGCCCUGGGCCCGGACGAGGAAGAGGAGGAGGAGGAAGAGGACAAGGUGUCCCUGCAGUCCUCCCACAGCGGGGGCAACCCCUGCCCCUCUAGACCCCCACGUAGAGCGUCCAAGACACCAUGUGAGAAGCUCAUCAGCAAGGGAAGCCUGUCCCUGGGGAGCUCCGCAUCACUUCCUGCCCAGACAGGAAGUCGGGACAACAUGCCCAUGCUCAACACCAAGAUCCUUUACCCCAGUCUCAGACCGGGCAUGACGGGCUCUCUGUCCAGUAGUUCAGUCAUCAGCAGGCUACUGGUCAAUGCUGAUCCCUUCAACUGUGACCCUGAGAAUCUACUGGCUGUGUGCUUAUACCCCCUCUCCCCACCCAGGGACUGCUACACGGAGAAGUGCGUGAUGAACAACUACUUUGGGAUCGGGCUGGACGCCAAGAUCUCCCUGGACUUCAACAACAAGAGGGACGAGCACCCGGAGAAGUGCCGGAGUCGUACUAAGAACAUGAUGUGGUACGGAGUGCUGGGGACCAAGGAACUACUGCACCGCACCUACAAGAACCUGGAACAGAGAGUACUGCUAGAGUGUGACGGGCGCCCCAUCCCCUUGCCCAGUCUUCAGGGUAUCGCCGUGCUGAACAUUCCCAGCUACGCCGGGGGGACCAACUUCUGGGGUGGAACCAAAGAGGAUGAUACGUUCACGGCGCCCUCUUUUGACGAUAAGAUCCUGGAGGUGGUGGCUGUCUUCGGCAGCAUGCAGAUGGCCGUCUCACGCGUCAUCAACCUGCAGCACCAUCGCAUCGCACAGUGUCGCACGGUGAAGAUCACGAUCCUGGGGGAUGAGGGGGUUCCUGUCCAGGUGGAUGGAGAGGCCUGGAUCCAGCCGCCAGGAUACAUACGCAUCAUCCACAAGAACCGCACACAGACCCUCACACGCGAUAGGGCGUUUGAGAACACUCUGAAGUCCUGGGAGGACAAGCAGAGGUGCGAGUUUCCACGGCAACCAGCCCAGCAUGCAUUGCAGCCAGAGACGGUCUCCGAGGAGGAGGCAUCGCAGAUCAACCAGUUCGGCCAGGCCGCUGGAGCGCUCAUACACAGCAUCCGGGAGAUUGCCAAGUCUCACCCCAGCAUGGAGCAGGAGCUCGCCCACGCCGUCAACGCCAGCUCCAAGUCCAUGGACGUGGUCUACGCCAACUCCAAGAGCACUGGUGGUCUGAACUGUAGUGUGGUGGUGCAGAUGGUCAGCAAUGUGAAGGCCCUCCACAGUGAGACGGAGCUGCUCCUGGCAGGGAAGAUGUGCAUGCAGCUGGACCCGCCUCAGAAGGAGCAGCUGUCCGGUACCCUGGGCACCGUGGCCCAGCAGCUGCGGCGCCUGGCCGACCUGCCCUGGCUCUGCCACCUCAUCGAGCCCACGGACGAGGACGAGGGAAACCUGACCGACUUCUCCAAGCGUAGUCGCAGUGCCAAAUUCCGCCUGGUGCCUAAAUUCAAGAAAGACAAAAAUAACAAAAACAAAGAAACAUGUGCAACACUCAACCUGCCAGUGGAGCAGUGGGGGACUGAGGAGGUGGCGGCCUGGCUGGACGCGAUCUGCCUGACCGAGUACAAGGAGAUCUUUAUCGGGCACGACGUGCGCGGCUCCGAGCUCUUGCACCUCGAGCGCAGGGACCUCAAGGACCUGGGGGUGACCAAGGUGGGCCACAUGAAGCGCAUCCUGCAGGGUAUCAGAGACUUGAGCCGCAGCAGCUCCGCCAGCGAGGCCUAGGGGCCUGCCUGCUGACCGCCUGCGUCUGCGGCCCCGGCCAAUCACAAGAGCCCUGACCUCCCCCCAGAGGUCAUGACCCCCACAGGUCUUGACCCCCAGAGGUCAUGACCCCCAGUGGUCCCGGGUUCAGGAAGUUAAAAACCUCUUGACACAGCUUGGAUCCAACCAGCUGACUGUAAUGAGUACUCACGACAGACAGACUAGUUGCUCACCUGUGUUGGACGGAAACUGUGGCAGGAUUUUUUUCCUCACUUCUGGACCGGACUUUUGACCGGACUCUGCCUGAGCCCCUGCCUCCACCCCUGGCCACCCGACCUCCACUUGGCACGCUACAGCCAUCUUAACUG